CAUCGCGCAGCCUUUUUUAAUCCUCCUCCUCAAACCCGAAGUGUCCGGACCAAAACUGCAACAUUCCUGAGGACAACUUUCGUUACUGCUCAUGUGCUUAUCAUUCCUACAGGCCAGGAGAAACGUUUGGAGAACACCUGGACACUGUUAUUUCCUGGUUUUAUAACUUUUGUUGCACUUGAACGACUCCUUUACGUUCCAGAGACUUUGGCUCCGGACGGACAUUGACUUUUUUUUUUCUUUCUAAAUCAACGAUCAGAGUCAUUUUUCGCAUUUUACUUCCAUUCCGAAUAGACUAAAAACAGGCAGCGGGCACCAGCCUACUGUUUUCUUUUUGCACAACACAGAAAUAGUCUUAACUGUGCUUUUUUUUUUCUACGCGUAGUCUUAAAUUAAGUAACAAAACAGUAAACAAUGGCAGGUAUGAACUCUCUGGAUGCUGUGAAGAGGAAGAUUCAGUGUUUGCAGCAGCAGGCCGACGACGCAGAGGACCGGGCUCAGGUCCUACAGAGACAGCUGGACAGUGAACGGGAGCUGCGAGAGAAAGCGGAGGGUGAUGUAGCAGCUCUGAACCGUAGGAUCCAACUGGUGGAGGAGGAGUUGGACCGAGCCCAGGAGAGGCUGGGCGUAGCUCUCCAAAAACUGGAAGAGGCUGAGAAGGCCGCAGAUGAGAGCGAGAGAGGGAUGAAGGUGAUUGAGAACCGAGCAAUGAAGGACGAGGAGAAGAUGGAGAUUCAGGAGAUGCAGCUGAAGGAGGCUAAACACAUCGCCGAGGAGGCCGACCGUAAAUAUGAGGAGGUGGCACGCAAGCUGGUGAUCCUGGAAGGAGAGCUGGAGAGAGCUGAGGAGAGGGCCGAGCUCUCAGAAUGUAAAGCCAGCGACCUGGAGGAGGAGCUGAAAAAUGUGACCAACAACCUGAAGUCCUUAGAAGCCCAGUCUGAGAAGUAUUCAGAAAAAGAAGACAAGUACGAGGAGGAGAUCAAAGUUCUGACUGACAAACUGAAGGAGGCUGAGACCCGUGCAGAGUUUGCAGAGAGGACAGUGGCCAAACUGGAGAAGUCCAUUGAUGACCUGGAAGAGAAACUGUCACAUGCCAAAGAGGAGAAUCUGGGCAUGCAUCAGGUCCUGGACCAGACCCUGCUGGAACUAAACAGCUUAUAAACACACAGAGCAGAGAGGAAACUGGAGAGGAUGAGAUCGUCAUGUAACAUUCCUUCAAUGUCCAUUCCACAUUUUGAGCUGUAAAAUCUUUUUUUUUUUUUCCUCUUGUGAAGGGGGAUUAACUUAAUGCUUGUCCCUUUAUGUUCUUUUUUUUUUUUUUUUGCUUUUUUUUCCUAAGGCACAACUUUGUUUCUUUUUUUUUGUAAGAUGGGAAGCCAUUAUGACCAUACUGAUUUUUUUUUUUUUAUCUCCAUCUGUGAUUGCAAAGAUUUUCCCCAGAAAUGAUUUUUGACCACUUAUUUAGAAAGAGCUGGCAAUUAAUACACCCAAAGAAACUUCAGAUUUUGUCACUGAACCACUUAAACUGGCUCCAUUUUACAUUUUAUGUGCACAUAGAUUAAGCCUCUGUCUGAUCAUUUUAAUGCAUAUGCUAAAGAUGGCAUUUGGUUUCCUUCACCCUGCGUUAGUGUUGCCAGUGCCACCCACUGGUGACAUGAAGUUUUGAUUUUCAGAUCAUGUUUUACCUCCUUAAGAGGCUGCAGACAUUUGACUUUUUAUUAUAAAUAGCUUCAUAGUCAAAGGAACGGGUGACCUUGUGGAAAGGUUUCAUUGAUACAUAAACAGGUCAUGGCACAUGCUGCUGAGUCACUCUACACUCCCUUACAUUUAAUUACAUAAUAAUGCCUCCUGUGUCACUCUCCAGUCAUUAUGAUCCUACGUGUUGAAGAUGCACAGAAUAUGUAUGUGCGUCAAAAGUUUUCUACUCUUUGCAUGUAUGAAUCUGUGCAGAAUCUGGGAGUCAUGCAUGUAGUGUGCAUAACUACGCUGUACUACCUUCACCGAGGCUCGACCUGACCAUUGACAUAUUCUGCGUCAUUAUCAAUGUGCGAUAAUGUAGCCACUUACUUACAAUAAAUUGUAUUACAUGAGCGAGCUAAACUCCAAACCACUGGAAGCUCAGUCAAGUUUUAUCAACCGUGGAUACUUAUUGUAUAUAGUAGAAUAAUGUUAGGUAUGUGAGAAAUUGUAUUGCUUCGAUUUUUUUUGUUUUGUUUUGUUUCAUUUACGACACUUCUUUUUGCCAGGGGAACUCUAAAGACCAAAGAACACGCAUAACACAGACAAUAAAUUCUUCAAUUGUUUUUAUUUUUGUUUGUGAUGGUCAGUGUGGUUUCAUCUCAAGUCAGGGCCUUGAAAAGCACCGCUCAUGUGAUUGAGACCAUUUUGAAAUAUUUCAUUCACCACCACCCCCUCUUUGUCAACCUAAUAAAUGUUUUACAGAAA